AUGUUAGUCAAAGUCUGUGGGAUCAAAAGUCUUGAAAUAGCUCAAGUAGCUAUAGAAAAUGAUGUGGAUUUGAUAGGUAUGAUCAUGUUGAGAGGAGUUAAAAGGAGUAUCGACUUGAACGAAGCCAAAAGAAUCGUGGACGAAGUGAAAAAGAAUAGAAAAGUCUCCAUCAAUGAUGUUCUAGAGAUCGUGAAGAAAGAACAAUUCUCUACUGCAAAUGAUAUGCUAGAGAGAAUACAAAGCUUGAUAAUUGAUCAUGGUCCCUUUACCGUUGGAGUGUUCAGAAAUCAAAAUAUCGAAGAGAUCUUGGAUAUCAGUUCCACCACCGGAAUAGAUAUCAUUCAACUUCAUGGUAAAGAAGAUAAGUUAGCCUAUAUAAAUGAACUUUCUAAACAUGGGAAAGUGGUCAUACCAAGAUACGUUAUUCCUGAUGAUAUAGAGUUGAUAAAUACCACCUUACAAGGAAUAUUUAAUGGGAAGUACCAAGGUAAUGGAUUCUUAUUACCAUUACUCGAUGGAGAAAUGGGAGGUACUGGGAACAAAUUAGACUGGUCUAUUGUACGAGAAUUACCUGGAAGAUUUAUUCUCGCUGGAGGGCUUGAUUCCGAUAAUGUCAGAAGUUUAGGAUUCCCCAAUCUUCUUGGAUUCGAUGUAAGUGGAGGUGUUGAAACAGAUGGAGUUAAAGAUGAAAAUAAAGUUAAAGCAUUUAUUCAAGCUGGGAAAGGUGUUAGUAAAUAG